AGUAUUUUCGCAAUUUCUGCCGUGAAGGUUUUACUAGCUCCUCGGCCCGGGGCCGCAGCCAAUCAGCGCGCGUGCCCUGGCACCUGCGUCUCCUGCGUCAGGAUGGCCGGGCCCAGCGAAGGCAGGCGCCGUGCGAGCUGGGAGCGAUUUAAAACGCCCUGGAUUCCCGGGGCUUGGGUGGGGAGAGCGAGCUGGGUGCCCCCUGGAUCCGCCCCCACCCCCGGCACCCCAUGAGCCGACCCUCGGCCCCAUGGAGCCCGGCGAUUACGCCACCUUGGACGGGGCCAAGGAUCUGGAAGGCUUGCCGGCCGCGGGAGGGGGCCGGCAUCUAGCCGCCCACUCCCCCCUGACCAGCCACCCGGCGGGGGCGCCUGCGCUGAUGCCCGCCGUCAGCUACGCCCCGCUGGACCUGCCGGGCUCUGCGGAACCGCCAAAGCAGUGCCACCCUUGCCCCGGGGUGCCCCAGGGGCCGGCCCCGGCUCCGGUGCCCUACGGCUACUUCGGAGGCGGGUACUACUCCUGCCGGGUGUCCCGGAGCGCGCUGAAACCCUGCGCCCAGGCGGCCGCCCUAGCUGCCUACCCCGCGGAGCCUGCCACGGCCGGGGAGGAGUACCCCAGCCGCCCCACCGAGUUUGCCUUCUAUCCGGGGUACCCGGGACCCUACCAGCCUAUGGCCAGUUAUCUGGAUGUGUCGGUGGUGCAGACUCUGGGCGCCCCGGGGGAGCCUCGCCACGACUCCCUGCUGCAGGUCGACAGCUACCAGCCCUGGGCCCUCGCCGGUGGCUGGAACGGCCAGAUGUGUUGCCAGGGGGAACAGAACCCACCAGGUCCCUUCUGGAAGGCGGCAUUUGCAGAGUCAGGCGCUCAGCACCCUCCAGAAGGCUGCGCCUUCCGACGUGGCCGAAAGAAGCGCAUUCCUUACAGCAAGGGGCAGUUGCGGGAGCUGGAGCGCGAGUAUUCAGCUAAUAAGUUCAUCACCAAGGACAAGAGGCGCAAGAUCUCAGCGGCCACCAGCCUCUCAGAGCGCCAGAUCACCAUCUGGUUUCAGAACCGGCGGGUUAAGGAGAAGAAAGUCCUCGCCAAGGUCAAGACCACCACUACUCUACAGAGACUCAGAGUGUGGAAUUCCAGAAACCUGGGGCAGACUGGCUGUUCGCAGAGCUGCAGAGCCCAGGACCCUGACAUGGAGUCUUCGCCUCUGUGCCGCCUCCUUCAUGUCUGUACCUGGGCCCAGUGCCCUGUGGGAUUCACCACCUUGGGGGCUCAGCCAAGUCAGCGGGUUUGCCCUGGGUCUUCCUGCAGCCUGGGCUGGGGCAUCUGGGCAGACACACUCCCUGCGAUCCAGAGCCCGGACUCAGAGUGGAGAGGACCUGCACCACCCACCGUCCCAGGCACCAGCAGGAGCCGCCUGUGAGGCCACCAUGACUGUCUCAAUGGCCUCUGGGAGCUGGCUCAGCCUCGUGGUGCUCCAGGAAGCCCUGUGUCGCCGAGGGAUUGGGGGGUUUACAGCCCACCGUUGGGUGGGAUCCCAGUCCUGGCUCCUCUCCUGGGAAUGAGUUGGGAAGCAGCUCAGAUUCUUCUAAAUCUGUUUACCAAAGAGGAACCCAGGGCUGAGGGGAAAGGCCCCAAAGGUGGCCAGUCACCCUCCCCUCUUGGGUCUCCUUAGACUGUGUCUGCUUGAGGGGGGGCGAUGUCAAUUUUGUGAUUAAAAAAACCCUUCCAAGCCCCGUGGUCCAGUUUAAGCUCCUCGAUAAAGCACCGGGCUCAGAGGAAGUUACUUCCUGCCUUUCACAUUCUCCUUCAGGCAAAGGCUCCAGCAAGUAGCUUCUCGCAGGUUCUCGAGGGUAGUGUAUGAAGAUCCCUCCCUCGCCGCCUCAGAAAUGGCGAGACUUCAGUGCCUAUAGGCAUGUGGGUAGGGUGUGGGACAAAUGAAGGGGCUCCAUGGUGCGGGGUCCCCACAGGAGGAGAAGAAAGGCCACAAAAGGGGCUGCCACUUGGACCAACCUAGCCAGCCUAGGUAGACUUGAAAGGAGUCAGAGACCUCGAGACCCUUCCCUCCCAGGGCUCUAAAUCCUCCACACCACUACCAGGGACUUCAAGUUUCGUUCUAUUAUUUGUUCACAAUAAUUUCAGAAUGAACAAAAGAUUUGGGAUUUUAGAGAUUUAUUUCGCUACCAAUGUGCUUUUGUGGACUAUUAAAAAGGCAAGGGCGCCCCCUUCCGGCAGAAGUUUGCUAUUUCAGGGAAACCCGCCGGGCCGUUGGGCCUUAACCCCCGAACCGAGCCGCUGGCUUCAGGAUGCCUGGGGUCUGGGGCCUCCGGGGUUGGAGAGUUUGGGGGGGACCCGGAGCCGCCUGGAACUGGGCCAACGUGUCGGCAGAUGGAUCGGUCCAGCUAGCGGGAGACCCAGGAGGAAGGCAAGGAGGGCAGCACGAGCGAUGUGGAAUAGAGAACAGGCCAGUCGGGGCUCCCGGAGCAAGGCCGCGGCGCCAU